AUGAUAGUACUACAUAAGGAUCAGACACAGCACAAGGAUGUCAGAUCUAGUCUCACACUGAGUGGCAUCUACUUUUUCAAGCUAACGGAUUCUGCUGAAUCUGUAACCUUUCAUAGUUUUUUUAAGAUUAGUCUCUGUCCUUCAAAUAUGUCAUCAAAACCAUUCAAGCCAAGCCGUUUAUCUCAUUCUCAGUCAGCAACUUCUGAGGCACCUGACGCCCAGAAGCCUCCUAUGCCUCCAACCGUAACUUUUGGGCGAAGAACUUCCUCGGGUCGCUACAUCAGCUACUCCAGAGAUGAUCUUGACAGUGAACUAGGGAGUAGUGACUUCAUGAAUUACACAGUGCACAUGCCUCUGACACCUGAUAACCAACCUAUGGAUCCAUCAAUUUCACAGAAAGUUGAGGAGCAAUAUGUGUCAAGUUCCCUUUUCACAGGAGGAUUCAACAGUGUUACUCAUGCCCAUCUAAUGGAUAAGGUGAUAGAUUCCGAAGCAAGUCAUCCACAGAUGGCUGGUGCAAAAGGAUCUUCAUGUGCAAUUCCUGGCUGUGAUUGUAAGGUGAUGAGUGAUGAACGUGGUGUGGAUAUUCUUCCUUGUGAGUGUGAUUUUAAGAUAUGUAGAGACUGCUAUAUUGAUGUUGUAAAAUCAGGAGAUGGAAUGUGCCCGGGAUGCAAAGAGCCUUACAAGAACACAGUGCUAGAUGAAGUCGCUGUGGAUGAUCGAAAUGGAAGGCCAUUUCCACUUCCUCCCUCAAGUGGAGUGUCUAAAAUGGAGAGGAGAUUGUCCUUAAUGAAGUCAACAAAGUCGGCGUUAAUGAGAAGCCAGACUGGAGAUUUUGAUCACAAUCGGUGGCUCUAUGAAACAAAGGGUACCUAUGGCUAUGGCAAUGCCAUUUGGCCAAAGGGAGGAAAUUUUGGAAAUGGAAAUGGGGAUGAUGAUGAUGUUCUUGAGCCAAUGGAUCUGAUGAACAGACCCUGGAGACCACUUACAAGGAAACUCAAGAUACCUGCUGCUGUUCUCAGCCCAUAUCGUCUCAUCAUUUUCAUUCGGUUGGUUGUCUUGGUACUGUUCCUGGCAUGGAGGGUGAAGCACAAAAAUACUGAUGCAAUCUGGCUAUGGGGCAUGUCUGUGGUUUGUGAGAUAUGGUUUGCCUUUUCUUGGCUUCUGGAUCAACUGCCCAAGCUAUGCCCGAUAAAUCGCUCCACAGAUCUUAAUGUUCUGAAGGAAAAAUUUGAAAUGCCAAGUCCCAACAAUCCUACUGGAAAGUCUGAUCUACCGGGGAUAGAUGUCUUUGUCUCUACUGCUGAUCCUGAGAAAGAACCACCUCUUGUCACUGCAAACACCAUCUUAUCUAUCUUAGCCGCAGACUAUCCGGUUGAGAAACUUUCUUGCUAUGUUUCUGAUGAUGGGGGUGCACUUCUGACCUUUGAGGCAAUGGCUGAAGCUGCCAGUUUUGCUAAUGCAUGGGUUCCAUUCUGCCGUAAGCAUGACAUAGAGCCUAGGAAUCCUGAAUCAUAUUUCAACUUAAAGAGAGAUCCCUAUAAAAACAAAGUGAAACCAGAUUUUGUCAAGGAUCGUAGACGGGUGAAACGUGAGUAUGAUGAGUUCAAGGUCAGGAUCAAUGGUCUGCCUGACUCUAUCCGCCGCCGGUCUGACGCCUUUCAUGCAAGAGAGGAAUUGAGGGCCAUGAAACUGCAGAGACAAAACAAGGUAGAUGAACCUGUAGAACCUGUAAAGAUUCCAAAAGCCACAUGGAUGGCUGAUGGAACUCAUUGGCCAGGGACUUGGUUGAAUCCUUCAUCUGAGCACUCUAAGGGUGAUCACGCGGGAAUAAUUCAGGUGAUGUUGAAACCUCCUAGUGAUGAACCUCUUCUUGGAAAUGCUGACGAUACAAAGCUCAUUGACCUGGCUGAUGUUGAUAUCCGUCUCCCCCUUUUGGUUUAUGUUUCUAGAGAGAAACGUCCAGGCUAUGAUCACAACAAAAAAGCCGGGGCCAUGAAUGCCUUGGUUCGAGCCUCAGCCAUCAUGUCCAAUGGUCCUUUUAUACUGAAUCUUGACUGUGACCACUACAUCUACAACUCCAAGGCAAUGAGGGAAGGUAUGUGCUUUAUGAUGGACCGUGGUGGUGACCGCAUUUGCUAUGUUCAGUUCCCACAAAGAUUCGAGGGGAUUGACCCUUCUGACAGAUAUGCCAAUCAUAACACUGUCUUCUUUGAUGUCAACAUGAGAGCACUUGACGGACUUCAAGGGCCAGUCUAUGUAGGAACCGGUUGCCUUUUUAGAAGGGUCGCGCUUUAUGGUUUUGAUCCUCCUCGCUCUAAAGAACGCCAUCCUGGCUGCUGCAGUUGCUGCUUUGGUAGUAGAAAGAAGAAUGCUAACAUCUCUGAAGAGAACAGAGCACUGAGGAUGGGUGAAUCUGAUGAAGAAGAAGAAAUGAAUCUAUCAAUGUUCCCUAAAAGGUUUGGAAACUCAACUUUCCUCAUCGACUCAAUCCCAGUGGCAGAGUUCCAAGGAAGGCCACUUGCUGAUCACCCUGCAGUGAAGAAUGGACGCCCUCCGAGUGCCCUUACCAUACCUCGUGAGCUUCUUGAUGCAUCAACUGUGGCAGAGGCCAUCAGUGUGAUCUCUUGCUGGUAUGAGGACAAGACUGAGUGGGGACAGCGCGUUGGAUGGAUCUAUGGAUCAGUUACAGAGGAUGUGGUCACUGGAUAUAGGAUGCACAAUAGAGGAUGGAAAUCAGUUUACUGUGUUACCAAGCGUGAUGCAUUCCGUGGCACUGCUCCCAUCAAUCUCACUGACAGGCUGCAUCAGGUCCUCAGAUGGGCAACCGGGUCAGUCGAAAUAUUCUUCUCAAGAAACAAUGCACUUCUGGCUAGCUCAAGAAUGAAGUUUCUCCAACGGAUUGCAUACCUUAAUGUUGGAAUCUAUCCAUUCACUUCCUUUUUCCUAAUUGUCUACUGCUUCCUUCCAGCACUUUCCCUCUUCUCUGGUCAAUUCAUUGUUCAAACUCUCAAUGUCACUUUCCUUGUUUAUCUCUUGACCAUCACUGUGACUUUGUGCAUGCUGGCGGUGCUUGAAAUCAAGUGGUCUGGCAUUGAGCUGGAAGAAUGGUGGAGAAAUGAGCAGUUUUGGUUAAUUGGAGGGACAAGUGCACACCUAGCUGCUGUGUUGCAGGGUUUGCUUAAAGUCAUAGCAGGGAUUGAAAUCUCCUUCACAUUGACAUCAAAAUCUGCAGGGGAUGAUGUGGAUGAUGAGUUUGCUGAUCUAUAUAUUGUGAAGUGGACAUCCCUUAUGAUACCACCAAUCACAAUUAUGAUGGUUAACUUGAUAGCAAUAGCAGUUGGAGUUAGCAGGACCAUAUACAGUGUCAUACCUCAGUGGAGUCGUCUACUAGGUGGUGUUUUCUUCAGUUUUUGGGUCUUGACCCAUCUCUACCCCUUUGCAAAAGGUUUGAUGGGGAGAAGAGGGAGAACGCCUACCAUUGUUUUUGUAUGGUCAGGUCUCAUAGCAAUCACAAUAUCACUCCUUUGGGUGGCAAUCAAUCCCCCUGCUGGUACAAACCAAAUCGGUGGUUCAUUCCAGUUCCCAUGA